AAAAAAAAAAAAAAUCCGUUUGUUAUGUUUUCGAACUCAUUAUCUAACUUUGUCCAAAUUUUUAAUUUGAUUCUUGCGGGAAAGCUGAAAUUUAUUCAUUAAGUUAUUCAAGAAAUAAAAAAAAAUGUUUUCAUUUCUUUGUCUGGUGCGAGGAACACGGACCGAGUUUGGAAGAAACGUACAAAACUUCAUCCGCUCGUGAAUUCCAAGCGUCUAACCUAUCGGGCUAUACUUCCGGUUUCUCUUGGGUGUGACAGAUUUGUUAUCAACUUUCGUUAUCUGUUCAAUGUAAUUCUCCAUUCACGGUGAAUACCACAGCUCCCACCAGAAGCAAAAGAGGAGAAAUUCUGUGCGGACAUGGGGGAAACAAAGAAGGGAUUUGUCGGAUUUACGAUAUUCGUAAGCUUAGCAGCAAUCGGGCUGGUUGUUGGUGCAUUUGUCACAGAACAUUGGAUAUCCGCGUUUGCACAGAAGACAAACAAUACAUUGACUAAAAAUGCUACCGUUGAAACUGACGGAACUCUGAAAUUCACAGGAAAUAUAACUUUCGGAUUAUUUGCAGGAACAAGAUUCGUUAAUUAUGGAGUCGGUGCGAGACGGCAAACAAUCGAAGUGGUUUGUGACGGAUCAUCUGGAUAUUGUCUCUUGUACAACACCACCAGAGCUAAUUAUAACAAGAGAACAAAACUGCAGACGGCCAUAGACGAAUACAACAAUGCUUCAGCCAUCUUGACAGACACAUCAGUAAAAGAAGAGUUGUACGAGUUCGGCCUGUUCCCGUAUGGACUGUGGGUUGCCACCAUUGUGUUAUCAUCACUUGGCAUGGCCUGGGGGUUGGUCUCCAUUGGAUUCUCCAUCUUCAACAUUGUCGGCAAACCAAUAGAAACUAUCACAGGCCCCAUGGGCCUUUAUCUCUGGAACGGUCUGGCAUUACUGUUUUCGGCCCUCGGGAUGGUGAUGUACCUUGUUCUGUACUUCCGUUACUACAAGUACAAUGUGCUACCGUUGGAGGAUCGACUUGCUCACUUCAGCACCGAGGACAACGCCAAUCUUGAUUACUCUUUCUACUUACUGGUGGGCGCUACUGGCCUCUACUUGAUAAACCUGUUACUGCUCAUGUUCUCCGGAGUCCGACUCAAAUGUGGCUUCACACGGGAGGCUGACAAAGUCAUCGAUAACGGAAUUAUACUGUAUUAACAUAAAUGCCAUACUGUACAAAUAUUGUAAACAAUAUUGUAUCUUUAUGCAUUAAUGAAAAUGUUAACAUAUCAAGGUACAUUCCCAUGGAAGUGUGGCAUUUGGCUUUAAAUGAAAAAACAUGUAAAAUCAUGCAACAGCUCUUUUUGUAUUAAAUGAUUCAAGAAUUUUUAGUAUACGUAUACGAUGGUAGCUCUAUGAAAAAAAAAAAAAUCUCUUUGUCUGUACCCACAAUACCAUUGCAUAAAAUGAAUUCCAACUUUGUAUGGACAAUCGCUUGUGUCAGUAAAAAAUGAGCUGGACUUGUUUUCUGUAAAAUAGAUAUGACUGAAAAAUUGCUGUUUUAUUGGCCUGUAAAAAUUGGAAAAUCUACUUCAUAACAAAAAUAUUUCCCUGAAGAAAAUUUGUAAACUUCAAGAUUCUUUAACAUUUAAAAGAGUUGUUGCAUGAUCUAUAAAUGAUUGAAGUGGCUGCUGUUGUACUUUGACCACUCCAGCGAUUUGUAGUAGGUUCUGAGAGGGUUGAUGUUAUGUGUGUACAAGUUGUGAGGGAUAAUGUUGACCUCUUAAGGGAUUUUGAGGUUAAAGGUCAUCUGUCGGGCUGCAUUUAAGGGAUUAUGUUGGUCUGUCCACUGGAAGAAUAUUAAGCAGAUUGUAGGGCCCCGACUGGUCAUUUUAGGGUGUAGGGCCCCGACUGGUCAUUUUAGGGUGUAUGGCCCUGAUUGGUCAUUUUAGGGUGUAGGGCCCCGACUGGUCGUUUUAAAGUGUAGGGCCCCGACUGGUCAUUUUAGGGUGUAGGGCACAGACUGGUCAUUUUAGGGUGUAGGGCACAGACUGGUUGUUUUAAAGUGUAGGUCGACCCUGUCAGGCCAUUUUAGGGCAUUUUGUUGGUGUGACAACAACAGAGUAACAUAUUGUUUGACCACUCAAGGAGUCUACAGUAGGUUUCUGUUGAAGAGGCAAAAAUGAUUUAUGCUUAUUUCGCCAAGGUCAAGUCCAAGUUUGCUCUGUCUCUCCUUGACCUAUGGAGAGAAAGUCUGAAAGCUUGAGGGCAGGGCAGUAAAACCUGGUACCUGCUGUUGUACUUUGGAAAAAUUACUUUGGAUUAUUAUAUAAUGUACCAUUCUUAUAGUAAAUACAAAGAAAUUUGCUUGGUACUGAUUAUUAUACAUUUGCUAUAUAAAGUUAUCUGUACCUUGGCGCCCAAAAUGUUAAUUGGGUAGCAGGGUAAUUAUGCCAUAAUAGUUUGCUAGUUUGAAUCCAUCCACACCUAACUUGGUUGAUGAAAAUCAUUUAUAUUUUUCAAAAAUUUACUUUUGUCAUUUAAAAAAAAAAAUUGUUUUACAAAUAUAUUUUGUCAUUCCUUGAAAUGUUGGUUACUCCGUGGUGGGGCCAAGAUCAGUUUCAUGAAAACAUGUUUCUGUGGAAUAUUUUGUUUUGUUGAUUUUGCAUAUUUAUCCAAUAUCUAAAAUCUCUUGAGCUAAAUUAUAUAAUUAUGGUGAAUUUCUUUCUAGUAUGUUAAAUUGAAAUUGACAUAUAGUUCUAAUACCAAAACCAAUAUAAAUUUCAAUCAGUUGUAUAUACAAUGAUAUGCACAUCUACAGGGCAUUUAUAAUUAACAGUGAAAGUCAUAUCCUACAUAUUUUUGGAAAAAAAUUUGAUGAAAUUGUUGGAUCACACAUUCCAGGUAAAAUCAUGCCUUUAUUACGGGAUUUUCCAACACUUGAAUAAUCCAUUACAUCUCUUGGUAUUGGGUCUCAUAAUAGUUUCGAAACAAUUUUCCAGAACUCAUCUUAAAAAAAAGUCCUGUUUUAAUUUUCUAGUUACUCCAUUAACAAAGAGCUACUGUAACAGCUUGAAGUACAUGACUACAUUUGUGUUUGCUUUAACUUAUUUCUAUCAUUUUAUAGUCACAAGCUUAUGGAUGUAGAGUUAAAACUGUAGUUUAACAGUUUAUCUGUUUUUUUAAUGUCAUAUUUACACAGAUGCAAUGCAAGAAAAUCUGAUGAUGUUAUGAAUAUCUUUACUUAGAAAUCCUAUAAAUAGCCAUGAAUUGAACUUAAUCAUCCUGUAGUUGAAUUUUCUGUGUUUAACUCUGCCUUGGCAAAUAUUGGAACUCUGUGGACUUGGCGGAUAACCUUCGUUUAAUGAACAUUAUUGCAGUCUAACUUGAAUUUUUAGAAAAAUCUGUAAUUUAACAUUACUGAAGUUUAAAUAACCUCAAGAUUGUUAUUUUUUAUUUGGUAUAAAUAGUUUCAGUGAAUCCAAACAGUAAAAUAUUCAAUAAUCAAUUUGUUUCUUGUAAGAACAUUUUAUAAGUUUUAAAUACUGAUUUACAGAAGAUGUUUUUCCUAAGAAUCUGGAAUGUGUAACAAGAAAACAGCUACCUAAAGUGAUUCUGGUUCCAUUAUCAUGGCUAUUUUAGUAAUUAUGAAAUCCAAAAUCCAUCCAGAUAAUUGUUGAUGUAGUUUUUCGAUGCUUUUUCUUUGCUUUUUAUCUUAUAUACAUUACUUCACCCUGUUUUUCUGUACCGGAGGUUAAUUUCAAGCCAGUGAAUUACAAGCAUUAUUAAUAUUUAUUUUUUCCAAUACCACCUGGCGCUCUGAGAGUGAGAGUGUUGAUUUUCGUCAACUGUCUAUAAAACUUAGAGAAUUAAGACUUUCUAUCAUAAUCUUACAUAAUUAUGUACCUGUAUAUAUUAGUAUCAUGUGAUUACCCGAUUAAUCGAAUUAAAAAUAUUUGUUAAUGCCUAUCGUUGCCCUGAAUUGGAAUGUUUUUCUUGCCAGCUGGUUUUGGUGGAAAACAUUCUUAUAGUUGUUCUUAAUGAAAAUGCACACACCUUAUCUUUUUACACGUUUCAAGUAUUUGUGUGUUCACAAUCAAUUUUUAGUUAAAUUCACUGUUUAAGUAUUUUGCACAAGACACAUGCAUGUGAUAAUUGGUGCCUGUUAAAAUUCAUUUGCAUAAAUUAUGCACAAUUAGUAUAAACUUCAGAUUUGAUAAAGGUGGUGACCUUUUCAUGAGCACAUGAUGAAGACAAGAUGUUUGUGUUUAAUCAAGGAAGGUUUUGUUAUUUUGAUGUCCGUAAUUGUGAUAUUGGCAUCUGCCACAUGUUGUUGUUGUUGUUGUUGAUAUGCUAAUAUAGAUCACAUGCUAAAAAAUCUGAUCAAAAUUGUUAUAUUAUUGCUACCAUAUCAUGUUGAAGAGGUUGUAUUUGAAUUUAUUUGAGAGUAUUUGAGCCAUAUGUUUUCAUUUUCUCACACAAUAUGUUGAAAAUUUACUUAAUAACUAUAUUGUUUUAAAGUUGAAUACAUUCCAUAUAUUUCACUUUUCAAGUUCGAAAGUUGGCAUUUGGGAAAUUAAUCGUAUAACUACUACAAUUAUUGACAUGGAUAAUUUGAAAAACAUUUUUGUGGUGUUAAGGUCGCUAUUUUCAGAGAGUUGUUUUUGUACUUCUGAAAAUGGAACAAAGUCAUGAAAAAUGGAUACCUUGAAAAUGGAAGUACAUUUUAACAGGAAGUGAUGAGUUAUAUUUGUAAAAUAAAAAAACUUGUCCGGUUUAGUUGUAGUGGACAGUAGGGUUCCCACAAAACAGCAGUGUUCUCACCAGUCCAUUUCAUAUUUAGAAAAAUAAGGAGCAUUUUCAUAAUUUCUGCACACAAAAAAAGAGAAAAAAAGCAAGAAUACAAUCUUUUAUGCUCCAAACUUUUGUAAGAAGAGCAUAAAUUUGAAAAAUGCAAAAAUCAACUUUCAGUGCUUAAAACUUUAAGUAAAGAGUAAAAUAAAAAAUAAAAAUUAGCCAUGAAAAACAUUUGCAUUAUAAAGAUCAGACCUGCUGUAAAUACUUGUGAAGUUGGCAAACAAAUUUUUUAGCUACAGCUCUGUAUUUGUAUUGUCUUUUAGGCAUAUACUCAUUGAAAUGUAUUUCCCCUCCAAUUGACCAUUUAACAACCUUUGUGAUCAUGUGCAGUUAGAUACUUUUAUAAGUUGUUUUAUAAAGAUGAUGAAUAAUUACUUGCCAUAUUUAUUUCACAGCUCUUGCCCCCAAAAUGAUAUUUAUAAUAUUAUCCUGUGUACUGUGGACAAACCCAUUGUUGUUCUGUACCAAGCAGUGUUGUAAAUAACUUAAUGAGUAGUGAUCAAUCAUCAUGAUAUUUCAAAUGUCCAUCAGUCAUGAACAGAAAUUUAGGUAAAUAUCUAUUAGAGUAUAAAGAGAAUCGGAAAAAUUCAGUGAAUAUGCUUUUAUCUAGCAAUGUUUAUCAAUGUUGUUUCAAUGCAUUUUCACAAUUUUUCUUCAUUUUUGCAAGGUCAGGUUUUAUAAUAUUUUGUUUUCUCUUUUAGGAGGAAGAGCUUAUAAUCAUAAUUCUAUUACGCAAAAAACUCCCAUACUAAAGGUGAUAUAGAUGGACACAGCAAUGUUCAGUACAAAUACUACGUUUAGUUCUGACUCUUUAAUCAUUAGGAGUUCUUCUUGUCUGUUGUAUCAGAUUUUCAAUUCUUUGUUUUAGCUCCUGGCCUGAAAUAGUGGAUUCUUUAUUUGAAAUAUUUCCAAAUAAUAUGUUUUAUAUACACUAUUAAAUUAUAGUAGCCUUAUUAUGCUGAUUUUAAGCAAUGCCUUUUCUAGUCUAAUCAUUGUUCUGAGGGCCUGUCUCAAACUAUUCAUCUGAGAUUAAUUUUGAACCAUAAACAAAACUUUCAUUAGAAACAGAGGCAUUUUUGUCCAUUAGACAAUUAUAUUUUACCUGUUGGUGAAUAGAAAUUAAUUGUGGAUAUUGUGAACCCUUGCCAUUAUUCUUAAGGAUUUAAACAUUUAAAGUAGGCACAACUUUAUUAUCUAUGUAUUGUUUUCACCUAUAUUUUUCUGUUAGAUAAUAUUUUUACUGGGCAUAUAGUAUUUUGAAAAUAACUAUAAGUGUGAGGCUAGUCAAUAUAAUCUAUGUUGCUGUUAUUAUAGUUUCAACUGUAAUUAAUAAGUGUUUGCCAUUUUAUCCUUGAAACCUUUUACAAAAGUGGUACGUUUUUCAUCAUGUGAGAUUUUGGUCUGGAUCAUUAGAAUUUAUACAUAAAUCUGAAAUUUCCACUCAGAAACUCUCGACAAAGUACCAUUUAAUGAUUAAAGAUUUCAGAAUAUUUUGUAUUUCCUAAUUAUUGUUUGUAACAUUUCAUGAUGCGACAACCUUGUGUCUACAUAGCUUAAUGCAGUUGAUUUAUCACUGGCAUCUGGCGUAUCGGUGUCAUUUCAAAUUUUCAUACCCCAUGAAAUUCUUACCCAGGUGAGUAUUUUAUGGUGAUGAACAUUUUAUAGGACACCCAUAUUUAAUCUGUGAAAUACCUAGAGUCUUAAGUAAGGAGUAAAGCACAGGGAGAAGUAAGGGACUUACCCUCAAACCUCAAAUUUUUAUAAAAAUAUUAUGUUCGGGGGUUGAUCUGUACCUGGAAAAUGCACAGAAAAUAAAGAUACAGGUACUUUUCAAAACUACAUUGUAAACUAUUAAAUAUUUCAAUCAAAACUUGACAAAAAUAAUUAAAACAUUAUUUGAAUUAUCUGCCCUUCAAUAUCAUUAUUGGCGCCAAAAGUAAUAAAACAUUAUUUGAAUUAUCUGCCCUUCAAUAUCGUUAUCGGCUCCCUACUUGUAUGUUUUCUGUUGGGAUGAAGUUAUUCAAGAUUCUAUCAAAACUUAAUAAAACUGUAAACAAAACACAGAUGGCAAAAAAUAUCCACAAUGUUAGAUACCCAUACAGGUUUAUUUAUCUCGGGAUUGAUUUUGACAUUGUAUAAGAAAACUUAUACGAGUAUUGACCUUUUAUACACAUUCCUGUAGGUUUUAGCCAGACAGAGCAGAGUACAGGCUAAACAGACACAGGGUUAUAUAUAGGCAGAUUGUUUUAGGCUGUCCAAUUGUACAUAAGUAGAGCGACUAUAUUUUUGUAUGUAAUGGUAGAAUUGUGUUGAUAUCCAUGUAUAUGAUAUUGUAUAUAACACACACAUAUAUAUAUAUGUUUAUACACUGAAAUGUACAGUACACGUUUCUUGAUUUGGAUUUUUUUAUCUAUAUAAAUGUACAAUAUUUUUAAACGGAGGUGCUUUACAUGGUUCCUGUAAUGAAACAAAUGUUUCAUGUUUAUCUAAUGUUUGUGAUUUGUACGCGAAAAAAAAAAAUUUGGUAACAAGACGCAACAAUUGUUUGUUUUUGUCUAAUACUUGUAGUUGUGAUUUGUUCGCAAAAAUGUAGUACUAUCUGAAGUGUAACAAAUGUUUCGUGUAUGUUCUAUUAUCAUAUAGUUGUGAUUUGUACGAAUGGUAAAUCUCGUCGUUCAUUUCUCUAUAUUAAUUGAUUAUCUCAUAAACAGUUAAUACCCCAUGUAGUUGCAAUUAUAUAAAGUUCUUCACAGAAUAUGUUGGUUAAAAUAUUAUUCAGAUGUACAAAUGUUUAUAAAAUUGAAGAAAUUAGAAAAAUACAUUUAAGCUGCCUCCCUUUACAGAAAAAUCGAACCUGAUUACAUACAUGUACAUCAAGAAUAUCACAAAGAGGCCUGGAAUCAAAACAGCACCAUUUUUGAUUUCAUGUCACUCAGACAAUAUGCUGUUUUUGUGAACGUUGACAAAUUGGUUAGUUAAUAAACAUAAUUUCACAAUUGUUUCAAUUUUUUUAAUAGAAUUUCUUUUUAACUUCACCGGAGUGAAAACAUUUUGAAAAUCUGUUUCUUAAAUUCUGAUAUGUAAGUAAAUACAUGUAAGAUUCUUUGUGUGGGUGUACAUGUGUAAAUUUGUGUUUUUGUUUUUUAUCUAAGUCAGUCGCAUUCACUGCAUGUUGUAGUAAAUUAUAUAGGAUUACCUCAUGCCUAGUUCACAGUUUACGAAACAAUAUAGAUUCUAGUGUUCUGUUGUAUUUCUUAUCAAUCAAAUGAUUUUUCUAAUCUAGUCUAUUGAUUUUAAUGAUUAAUUUAUUGAUGAUUUAUUGAUUUUACAAUAUAAACUUGUUCAAAGUUUGAUUUUUAACAUAUCAUUUGUUGUUAUUAUACAUAAGAUGUAAUACAUGUAUGUAAAAUGAAUGCAUUAAAAUUCAGACUAGGGUUUUCCUUUAUUAGGUACAUGUAUGUAUAAUGGAUGUUUAUUGAAUCCUUCAUUUGUUAAUUAUAUAUUUUUUUAUUUAAACAAGUCAAGCAUUCCAUACUGGUUGUUCUCAUAGCCAUGACUAUUAUAUAUAUAAUGUAACAUCAGAGGAAAAUUAUAUUAUGACCAAGAUUUGAACCUGUAACUUCUGACCUUAAUACGAGUGUGUAAGUACCAAUCAAGCUUCCUGGUUUACAGGUAUUGUUUGGCACAUUUAUAAUAAACUCAUCCCGAGUUUUUAUAAAACUGUUAAAACCAAGGUUUGGGUAUCCUAAUCUUAGUACAUACAUGUAAAGGUCAGGGUAGCUAACCCUUACACCAUGGAUACAUGUAGCUAGGUCAGGGCAGACAACUCUUCAUUCUGUUUUCAAAAAAGCAUUCAGAAACCUAGUAAUUCAGUAAAUGGCGUUAAAGAUGAUGGGUUACAGUACUUAGUACAAAAGUAAUCAUGCUUGAUUAUCAAAGUUAAAUAAAAGGGUGAAAUUGAAAAUAGAUAGCAGAUUUUUCUACAUUCUUUAAUUAAUCAAAGUUUUUUAUAAAAAGUUAAAUAAAAGGUUGAAAUUGAAAAUAGAUAGCAGAUUUUUCUACAUUCUAUAAUUAAUCGAACUUGAAAGUUUUAUAGAAAGGGUCAAAUUAAGUGUUACUCUUACAUAUCUUACCUAAUGUGAUUGGUUAAUUAAUUAAAAGGUUAAAUUAUUUCAUAAAAUAAAGAGAUAUUAUAGUAGUUUUCAUAUAAUUUAGUUAUAAUGCAAUGGUCAUAUAUAUUAAAAAUUGUGUAGUAACUAUAUAAAAAGUAUAGAUUAUACAAUGUAUGAAGCAUGGUUAAGAACCAUUACAAAUGUAUGGUCUUUGCCAUUCAAUAUGAAGAUGAACAUAAUCAAGCAAUUUUUUGGAACAUUUCGGCAUUCCUCAUCAAUAAUUGAAUUCGUUAAAGACAAUGGGCAAAACAAGUUUUUUGGUAUUUAGUUUUAGAGUUGCAUUGCUUACAACUUCUACAUACUUGAAGUAUUCAUAUUCAUGAUUUGUUUUUAUCAGUAAAACUGAUCAGGUGAAUUUGUAAAAUAAUCAUAGAUACUUUUAUUUUGUGAUGAGUUUAUUGUCCCAUAAUCACUGAAUUUUUCAACUGUACUAGAACCAUCCGUCGUUGAAAGUUCGCAUUUGAGAGUUAGACUGUAUGUAAUGCCAUGACUUUCUUACAUGAAUGUAAAGCACAUAAUUUACAUGUAACUGGUAGAACCAAGAGGAAUAAAAUAAUAGAAAUGUU